AUGGUUUAUUUAGAAAACUUAAAGGAGGGAAUGCUGCAAACAAAGAAAAAAGAAAAGAAAAGAGGUGUUGAAGUAAAGAUUAAGAAAAAAAUAGAAAAACUUAAAAUUCCAAUCUCUACCAUUCUUGAGCAAUGUCAUAUUCAGCCUUCGCCAAACAACGUCAACGAGCUAACACUUCCCCUUGUAUGCUUCGAUAUAGUAAGCUUGGAUUUUAAUCCAGUUCAUGGGUUUCUUUUCCUUGAUUUCCCUUGUUCCAAGAAUCAUUUCCUGGAAACCAUCGUUCCAAAACUCAAACAAUCUCUCCGCGAAACUCUCAAUCAUUUUCUUCCAUUCUCCGGCAAUAUAAUCCGCCCAAUAAACUCCGGCUGGCCUAUUUCUCGUUACGUGUUGGGGGACUCAGUUUCUCUAAAAAUUGCUCAGUGCGAUAAAUACUUCAAUCAUCUCACUGGGUACCAUCCCCGGGCUGUGGGUGAAUUCUACUUCUGCAUUCCUGAAUUGCCGCCUGCAACCCAUUCAUCGGAUUUCAUCAUAUUUCCAGUUACAGCCUUGCAAGUCACGCUAUUUCCUGGCCACGGCAUCCGUAUUGGUUUUACGAACAAUCACACCAUUGGCGAUGCCAAUACAAUUUUUGGUUUUGUGAGAGCUUGGGCUACGGUUACCAGAUUUGGUGGAGAUCCACAGUUCUUUGAGGAUCAACUUUUGCCUUUUGUUGACACAUAA